ACGGCGGCGGAGCGGCGGGACAGCUGCGCCCGGAGCCGGGCUCCUGCGGCCGGCAGAGCCCCGCCGAGCGGGGACCCAAAGGCGGGCAGGUAACGCGCGUCCGUGCCGGGACGGCCGGCCCUCUUCGGCUCGGGUCUGCCCUAGUGCGCGGCUGGGGAAGAGGACGGGGAGAAGUGAGAGCACGGGAGGAGAGACCAGGCCAGUCAAUUCUCCACACAAAUCUGCUGAUAGCGAAUAGAAAAUAAAGCCAUGUGGUUAUUUCCAGAUGUUGCUAUGAGGAAAAGAGUCCGCAAUGACUGAUGUGGAGCCCGUGGUGACAGACUUUGCAGCAUCGGGCAGGGCAGGCCGCCGGAAUGCCUUACCUGACAUCCUGGGCUCUCCUGGUGGUGCUGGGACCUCAGAGUUGCCACACAAACUGGCCGAGCUGUCCAUUUCAGAAGAUGAAGGUGCAGAGGGUGGAGAAGUACCAUCCAGAGCCUUGCUGGAAAGUCAAGAGGCAGAGGGAAAGAGCAGCGAUUCCUAACACCUAAGGACUGCUUGACUGAUGAAACCUACCUAUGGACUUUCCAGAGUUUCCCUGUGUUACCUGUUUUGAAGUGUGGUAGCAACUGCAGCAGCACAGAAAAGACUUUUGUGACACACUUAUAUCUAGAUGGCUUUAACAUGGAACUACUGCUUUUUCUGCUGUCCUCCAUCAGAAACAAUGUUCUACAUAUCCAAAUGGAAAGAGAACUAAAGAAUGUAUCUAAGAAUGUAUCUGUUCUUUUUUUUUUUUAAUUGUUACUUUAUUCAUCCAAACUAGUCUUUUUUGACAGUUUUAAUGAACAUAGAUAGCAGAUGUACCAAGCAACAAUUGCUUUAAAAUAAAAGUCCUAUUUCUUAAUUUUCUAAAAUAGCUUCUUUCUCUCUGACACAGAGGUGUAUUCACUCUCCCCACCUUAAGAUAAUAAGUAUGUAGUAGUUUACAGACCUAAUAUGCAGUGUAUCUUCAGAGAUUCUUGUUCUCAUUAGGGAUAAGUAGAUGGAUGAGACAAAUAGAAAAACUAACUUUUUUUUUCUCUCUUCCUCCUGACUUCAAAGCAUUUGUUUACCAUUUAAACUACCAGAGUUCAUUUCUGAACUCUCUUUAAACUCUAUUUGAUUAUGGCAGAUCAACUCACCCAUCCCACUCCUAGCAGUCUUGCUAUUUCUGUCAUUUCUGUUUUCAGGCUUAGUACCGUAGCUGUUCAAGUGUAUCUGAAACAAAAUAGCCAUGUUUGUAAGUGAUUAAAACUGUUCAUUUCACUAUGGAAAUUAAAUAGCUAUCAUGUUUUCUGUCUUCUGUUGAA